UCACACGUCGUAUGCGAUCAUUAGGAAGGAUAGUAGGUAUCCACUAUCCACUAUUAAUUCCAUCCACGAUUAUUAUUAUAUUAAUUUCGCAACAAUAAUUUUUGUUUUAAUAAAAUAAAUAAAUAACGCGACAUUAGUGGCGUGCGUAUUCGUAGUCGUAAAGAAUCCGUUACUGUAACCGUCCAUCAAGUGUGUUUACAGUAGUUGAGCUCAUAGUGUUUUCAUCGGUUCGCAGAGCAACCGUUGAGUUAUUCAUUAGUUCAUUACCAAUUAAAAUAUCCUGUCAACACAUACAUACUAAAAAAUAUUCUUAGACAUUACCUCAAUUAUUUGCUCAAAUUGGUGUAGAAUUUUGUUCUCUGAUUGGCGUCGAACAAACUGUCACAAUGAUUUCUGAAGGGACGCAUUAUAUAAAACGAAGAGUUAGAUCUGGAGCUGUAGAUGCACAUCCAACAGAACCCGCUAUUGUUGUAAAUUAUGAAUUGGACGCAUUUGUCCUUGGUGAAAAUGGAGAACCUGUAAUAGGCGAUCAUAAGGAAUGUCAAAAAGUAAUACAUUUAAAAAGUUUAAAUAGUAACACAGAUUGUAGAGCAUUAGCAAAAGAAGUAAUACAUAAAUGUAACCUAAUACAUGAAACAAAACUAUAUGAUGUAGAACAUUUAAUUUACUAUUUACAAACUCGUUCAACUGCAAAUAAUAAAAUUAAAGAAGAAAAAAAUCAAUUGGGAUUAGAGAGUAGUCCGUCUAGUAUAUAUCACAUAUGUGGCUUAAUGCCCGAAGAUAAAGCAAGUUUAGCUAAAAUUGAUGAAUAUAUUGAAAUGUUAUAUGAUGAUAUGCCUCAAAAAGUACGUGGCUCUGGAUUCAUACUAAAAGUAACCUGUGAUAAAGAUAACCUUGAAGAACUUUCAUCAUCAGAGCCGACCAUGAGUGCUUUAGCAAGAGUUCUCCGAGAAGAAUAUCGCAAGAGUUUUGAACUGAGUUCAAAUAUAAUAAAUAUAUUUCUUUGUUUUUCUGCAUAUAAAAUAUUUCAUAAGAUGCUUAUUGACCACAAAAUUUGUUUGCUCUGUGUGGAAGUGCUAGAGUAUGAAUUGAAUCGUUAUGAUAAGCUUAAAAGUCAAAUAGUAAAUUCUCCUCGUGAAUCCAAACAAUCAAAAGUACCAACACCUUCAAAAUUGCCUGUUCCUCGAAGUGCUCCUAUAACAUCUAAAAUUAUUCGAAGCCAAAUACCUAUUAGUGCUAGUACUAAUAGUGACAGUCGAAGACAUUCAGCAUCUUUUGAAAAUGUAAAACAAACUGUAAAAGAUAAGACACAAAAAUCUUUAGAUACAAAUAGUAUAAAAACAGGAAUAUCAGGAAUAUCAGCAAGAAGCCCAGAUGAAUUAGCAAUACAUCAGCUGAGAAGAAAUUUAUUCAAAUUAGGAAAAAAUCAGGAUCAAGCGUUAAAAGGUGCUGUUGAACUAAUAUAUAACUUAACAAUUGACAAAACUAUGGAAGAAAAAGUUGUUCGCAAAGGCAUUAUAAAGUUAUUAUGUCUUUUAUUGGAUAGAACAAGUACUGAUUUACUCUUAAUGAGUAUUAAAUUAUUAAUUCAACUAUCAGUUUAUAAAGAACAUGUAGAUAAAAUGAAAAAAUAUUCAGUUAUUGAAAAAUUACCCAAAAUGUUCAUGAUGAAAAAUCCCAGUUUGGAAAAUUAUACUAUUAAAUUGUUAUACAAUUUAUCAUUCGAUGUAACACUUAGUGAUGAAAUUUUAAAAGUUGGACUUUUACCAAAGAUAACGGAAUUAAUAGGCACAGAAGAAAAUAGUGAAUUGGUAUGCAGGCUAUGUUAUCAUUGUAGCAUGGACGAUCGAUCUCGAGCUUUGUUUUCACAUACAAAUUGCUUAUCCAAGAUUGCAGAUUUAUUAUUAACAUUUAAUCAGUACAAUUUAAUAUUAGCAGCAUUAUGUACAAAUUUAACUUUAAAUGAACGAAAUUCACAACUUUUAAUUACAAAACAAGGUUUGAAACCUUUUGUUCAGUUAGCUAUUGAUACAUCAGAUUUAAUGUAUUUUAAAAUCCUUCAUAAUAUGUCUAGUCAUGAGUCUUUAAAACCUCAAUUUGUAGAACUUAUUGGACAUUUUGCACAUUUAGUCACUAUAUUAAAAGAUAUUGAAUGCAUAAUCGAAUGUGUUGGAAUUAUUGCCAAUGUAAAUGUUCCAGAAGUAGAUUUUAAAGAACUUUUGGAGUCAAAUAAUUUAAUUUCAUGGAUGGUACAAUUUGUGAACAAUGCAUGUAAACCAAAUCAAACAGUAACAGAUGCAAGAUUACUGAUAGAAGUUAUAAAACUCUUGGGAACAGUAUCAAAGGAUGAAAACUGUGGUGAAUUACUUUACGAACAUGGAACAAUUCAACAAGUUAUCAAUUUAUUAAAAAAUCAAAAGGGUGAUGAUGAAUUGGCUAUACAAAUUAUGUACCUUCUAUAUCAACUUAUGUGUCAUCCAAUUACUGGAGAUUACAUUAUACAAAAUACAGAAUGUCCAAUUUAUAUAAUUGGUUUAAUGCAUGAUCCAAACAUUCGAGUUCGUAAAAUGAGUAACUACUGUCUUGAUAUUAUUAAGGAAUUUGAUGAAACGUGGACCAAAAAAAUAAGGGCUGCUAAGUUUUGUUGGUUUAAUGCCUAUUGGUUAAAUAUGAUGAAAAAUGAAUGUGAUGUGCCAUGUGCAAAACCUAAAUAUGACCCUAAUAAUGAAAUAAAUUUGUAUAGUUACGCACAUCAAGCAAUAUUAAUGCCUGAAGAUGAUUUUAUGUAUGAUAAAGAUGAUAAUAUUGAAAUAAUGUCAACAAAAUCACACACUAAUAGUAGUCGGCCAGAAAGCAGAAAUCUGGAAGAUAGAUUUGACUACGAACUUGAUGCAUUCAAUGAAGAGCAGUACAACAUUGAUAGUUAUGACGAUGAUAUUACGAGUAUAGGUGGACAUUUGAUGCAAAAAUUUACCAACAACAUUAUUCAUUUCACAGAAUAAUUUUCUUUUUUAACCUUUUGUUACCACAUUUCACUCUACUAUAUCAUCUAUAUUAAAGUACUCGUUACAUCAUAAAUUAACGACAUUAACCAUCUAAAUUUGUAGAUAAAUCUAAAACGCUACUACUAAACAUUUAGUUCUACAUUACUUACUUCAAUCAAUAUUUAAUUAUAUAUUAAAAGAAUAUUUACUACCGAAAACAAUAACAUUCUUUUAUUAUGAAUACUAUAAAUAUUAAGAUUUCAAGAUCCCUGAAUUAGAUUUUAAGUUUUUAUAAGCAAAUCAGAUGAAACUAGAAACUUUUUAAUUUAUUCAAUAAACCAUUGUUAUAAAAGUAAUUCAAUUUUAAUAUCAUAAAAAGCAAAUAUGUACUUAAUAUUGAUUGUAAUUUUGUUAUUGUUAACAUUAUUUAAGAUUAUUAAAAUUUUACAUGGGUUUUUUCGAAUCUACUUAAUUAACAUAUAACAACAGAAAAAAAAUUAGCGAGUAAAUACCAUUAAAUUUUCAAGUACAGAAGUAUUAUUAACCCAACCUAAACCACCUAGUCAUUUUUAUCACUGAUCCAAACCAACUAAUCAUUAAUAUUAUAAAUUUGAGAUAAAUAUUAUAAUAAACUGGUAUUAUAAUUAUUUAUAAAUUUAAUAGAAAGUUGUAUUAGUAGUUAUAGUACAAAACUUUUACUAUUAAAAUAUAACAUAAAAGCUUUGGCAGCUCAAAAAAAGCUCAAUGGCAGUGAAAAAUAAAAUAAAACAUAUUUUUUUAUCUAUAUUAAAUAAUUUAAGUGUAUUAAUAAGCACAGUUUCAAAACAUUGUGUGACAUAUUCUCAUUUAUAAUAUACAUGGGUUUAUAUUUUGUAGAUCCCUCCUCUGAUUUAAUUUUAUAGUUUUAUGUUUUAUGUUAAUUUUAUUAUUAACCUAACCUAACCUAACACUUUUGUAAUAAACUUCUUCAUUCUACAAAUAUUUUUAACUUAUAUUUAUAUAACAAAUUUAUUAACACAAAUGGUAUUUUACUAUUACAGCAAGCAUUUAAAAUAAAAUUAAUAUCAAAUUUUACUAGCUCAUGAUAUUUAUUUGAAAAUUCACGAUCUCAACAUGAAUUAUUACCCAGUCAUGUUUGUAUUAUUAUUUUAGGAUACAUUUUUCUUUUUAUAUUCUUAAUAUUUUAUCAAAAUAGUAAAAAUAUUUUUUAUUUUCUGUGUUUUACAAAAGUUAAUAUACUAAUUAUUUAUAUUAAUACUAAUUUUAUUUCCGUUUUUUUAAAUUGCAAAAGAAACCAAAGAAAAUUUAUUUUUGUUAUUUUUUGUUUAUAUUAUAAGUUUAUUUUAAUUAAAAUAUGAGUUAAUUAAGUUAACUUAAGUGUUUAUAUAUGUUAAAAUGCAUUCCAGCUUAAAUAUUCACAGUAUUAUUAAUUAUUAUAAUUAACUAGGUUACAUACUUGUUUUGUAUACUUCUCUUGGCUAAAUAGUUAUGUUUUUAAUUUCUAUUCAUAUUAUUUUAUAUAAUUAUAUAAUACAAUAGUUGUAAUUAUUAAUAUUAUUUCGGUUGAUAUUUCAUUAAUUGUGAUCUAGUGCUCUUCUAACAUUUUUAUGUUAUACAAAUGUUUAAAAAAAAAAUUUAACAUAAUAAAUACCUAGUUAUAUAGAUUGCUAGAGUAUAAUAACAUCUACAUUUUUGUUUUAUAAAAACUUUAUUUAACUGAUUAAUAAUUACAUAACAUUUUUUUUUACUUUAUCCCAAUUACAUAACAUUACAACUCAUAAUUGUUACAUUAAGAAUAAAUUAAUACAGAUACGCACAAAAUUAGUAUACCUAAGUAUAAAAUGUAAACAUAAUAAUUGUUUUUUGCAGGCUGUUUAAAUAUUUAAAUAAACUUGAAUCUGUUUAUGUAAUGUAUAGUAUGUAUUUUAUUAUUGAAUAGUGGCAUAAAAUUAAAUUUGUGGAAGUGUUUUA